AUGAAGAAUAACAAUCUAUAUUAUAAUAAUAAUAGUAAUGAAAACAUUAACAAUGAUGUUGAUGAUUAUAAUGAUGUCGAUGCUAACAACUACUACGACAACAAUUAUAGUAAUAAUAAAUCUUUUAUUUCAAUAGAUUUAUCGCAACAGGCUACAACAAAUAUGACUACAAUGUCUUCACCAUUAUUUCGUUUAUCUUCUUCACCUCUUUCUAUUUUAUCAAUAGAAGAAGAAAUACAACAAUCUAAUUAUUUUCCCAUUCCAAUAAAAACUUCCCUAAUUUCAAAUUUUUAUGAUUUUCCAUUGGGAACUUAUAACACAAUCUCCUCAUUAACAGAUUAUAUCAUGACAUAUGAAAAACAACGAUUGUAUCAAUUAAAUCAAAAUCAACAAUUAAACGAAAGGAACAUUAAUAAUACAAAUGGUAAUUAA